AUGGCCGACUCGAAGAGUGAUUUUAUUUGUUUGAAAGACGUCGAUACCUCUUUUCAAAACCGUUCAAAUUCUAUAUUUGGCAGACUUGGUACUUUAGAACCGUCAAACGAGAACUCUGGUGUCGAAACAGAGGACGAAACUGCAAGGAAAGAGCAAAGAAGCGUGAAUAAAGAUCGAAAUAACUCGCCUAGGAGUGCUUCGAGACGUUUGCCAGCGCGUGUACCACAACACGUUUUGUCGCCUGAGAAAUGGACCAAAUAUAGCUUGGAGAAUGACGGGUCUGAUGAAUUUCGAGGCUUAAAUGAACAUAGUUUAAAUAAACAUGCUGCUCACAGCUUUCUCGCGGAUUUAAAAAAGCGAAAAUCUGUUGAAAAUAGCCGUGAAAAUGCUGCAAAUUCCCUUAGUUCGAAACGGAACAAGUCAGAAUCAGAGAAUCGCGCUUCCAAAACAGACAAUGUAAAGUCAGAUAAAAUAGACACAAAUAAACAAACUUCUAACACAAACUCGAAACAUGAUGAAGUUUCAUCAAGUAUUGACAAUGAUGAUUCCAAUCUUUUGUUCAAAAAACCAGAGCCUAAAAUAGAUAUGACAUCAUCCAAGACUUCUGCAGGAGUUUGGAAAGGCGGGACAUACACUAUGCCUGAAUAUGUUGUGGGUUCGGCUCGAUCGAAGGCAAGCCCUGGGCCAGGUAAACGUUCAGGUGCGAAGCCAGUCGCAAGCAAUGGUCCGGUGAAUCUGGAGCAUUUAGGAGACAAAUGUGUGGAUGGUGUUGCAACAGGAGAGGAGGAAGGAAAAAUGGGCAAAGUGAAAGGGAAAAGGAAUUUCAGAAAAAGGAAAAUGGAUGACAAAAGAAAAGAUGAAUGUGAAAAUAAUACUGACUAA